UUUACAAUGUUACGAAAAGUCUUUAGGAAGGACGUAUGAUAUACUUUGCUUGUUAUACGUAUUUGUCAUGUCAUAUUUUCAUAUAAUCACGAUUAUAUUUAUUUGAAUAAUUUAAUUUUGUGUUGUUUUAUAUAAUGAAGCCGAUCAGAUCCAAACACCGCCUUGGACUACGACAGGAAACAUCCCCAAAGAGCAACGCAGUCGACCAAUCUAGCAGUUCCCCUGAAAUCCCAACCGAACGUCUGCAAGCACUCGAACUGAAGAGUCCCCGAGACUCACAUUCCGCAUCGGAGUCCAAUAUCCCCACAAAAGAGCACGCUUUGAAAAUUGAACAAUUUCCGAACUGGAAUAAGAGUCAAAUUCCCGUAGCAAUACAUAAGACCGGUACAGACACUUCAGGAGACAUGCAAGCGAAUACCUUAAGAGACCUGAAGAGAUGCAAACCAUGUAAGGAUCACGAUGUCGAAGGACUGCAAGAUUGGAAGCCAGAAGUUAUCGGAAAAAACGCGGUUCGAACGAAUAUUACAAAGAAAUUGAGAGCACGUUCUCCAUUAGAUCAGGAUUUAGAAGAUUCAUUGCCUCGACAAAUCAGGGAAAUACAUAAUGAGACUAGAAAAAGUUCUCGGAUAAUUAGAGACUCAAGGGCGAGACUGCUCGAGAUUCAGAAGAAAACAACAAUAACAGAGACAGACGUAAAAGAGCUUGGUGAUCGAAAUGAGUUGCUUCUCCGAGAGAUGGAGAGAUUUGAUCGCCUGACGAGGAGCCUGCAGAAAAUAGUAGGCGCUGAAGUAGCACAACAGCGUCGACCUAGAGACGAAAACCACGAGAAAGUGGAGGGCAUGCCCAGGAGUGUAGUUGGUGAAUCUGCUGUCUUCCACGAAAUGAAGAUGGCUCAUCCCACUGUUCUACUCGCCGGUAGAAAUAAUGAUACACCAAAAUUUGUAGUCUGCGAUCCACCGAUGAGAUGUAAAUCUGAGAUCGAUUUGACGAGGAAGCUUAGCGAGAGCUACGACAUGCAGGAGAGGCUCGUCGCUGACAACGCUGACCUGGAGGUGAAGAGGUAUAUUUUGUACAAAGAAUUGAUGACCAAAGAUCAGAAUUUGGAGACAUGUCGCGCUCAAAUAAAAAGGUUGCAAGGGGAGUUGAAGUUAUUGAGUAAAGAAAACUGUGCGCUACUUGAGAAAAUUCAUAAGAAUAAUCCAAAGGGUGACGCCGGCGUUGUAGUCCAGGACAACAGAUGCGAAAAUCAUGAAAAUAUAGAAAUUUGCGAACAGGAUAAUCGAGUAUUUGAUGUAACACAAGCUCAGGAACUAAUUAAUAAACUAGAAGACUACAAAUGUUCGUCUGUUGAUCUCGAGAAGCAGCUUCUGGAGUUAGAGACCGAGGUGCGGCACAUCCAGGUCGAAAUGGAGUCCGUGAAGUGUGCCGCCGGAGCGUGUCGCGGCGGGGGCGGACAGAAUACUUGCUUUGAACAACCCGCCGGAGGUCCUCCUGUUCCGCCGAUGUCGAGAGCGUGCGGCGUGUGUCCGCCGUGUCCCGCCACGUGCAACCCGAACGCGCCGCCGACCCCAGCCGAGAAAGAAGCACAAAAGCUUGGGAUACAGCUCCGGCAGACUGAAGAGAAUUUCAAGACUAAAGUCACCGAAUGUGCGAUGCUACGAGCGGAACUAGUUAAGAAGAAAGAGGAGUUAGAGAAAGAGCGAUGCCAGCACCGCGAGACCCAGAACAAGCUGAGGGAGUUGGAGAUGAAAUUCGAAGGUCUUGCAACGCACACCAAUAUGUUGAUGGGGUCCAAAGAGCAAGCGUUCGAACAGGAGGUGAACGUCAGGGCACUGAAGCAGUGCUACCGGGAAGCAAGGGAGGAGAUAGACGAAUUGAGGACCCUGAUGAAAGAGCAGAAUGAUCAGCUCCAGGAUUAUAGAGUCAAGUAUCUGCAAGCUCAGCAGCUGGUGGAAGAGCAGCGCCGACAGAUGGACAUGAUGGAUAUGGACAACACCAGAAUAAGCGAACAGAUCAACUUGGAAAUUCAAAGGGUUAAGCUGAAGUUCCAAGAGAAACUCCAAGAGUUGGCUCCGAUCCCCGAUCUGUUGAAAGCGACUCAGAUGAGGCUGAAGGACGCUCAGCAAGCGCAGGCCAUCGCUGAGCACAACGCAGAGCAGCUCGCUAGGGAGCUCAACUGCGCACGGGAGAAGGUUCACGUGUUGCUACAUAAUAGCCUGAAGCCCCCGGAAAAACCUCCGGAACGCGGUGGGGACGAGAAACAAAUGGCACUUCUUAACCAGAGAAUAUCACAACUCGCGGAGAAUAACAUCAGCUUAAAGAGUGAAAUAGAAAGACUCAAAGCCAGCGUGAUCAGAACUGAAGAAUCUGCAUUAGCUAAUGAGAAGCGGCUUCAAGAGAAGAUGCACGAAUGUGCCCAGCUUGGGGGAGAGUUGGACCGCACCAGGGACGAGGCCUCGCGGGCGCUGCAGAGAGCCCACGAGCAAACGGAAACUGUGCGGAAGUGCCUCCAAACCACGGUAGCAGAGCUGGAACGACAGCUGGCGGCCUCCAGGGCACAAGUCAGCACCGCCGAGAAGGAACGGGAAGAGCUGAAAAACCGAUUGCACUGGCAAAUGAAGCGUCUGACGGAGAACUUCGAGCAGGCCCAGCUCCGGAUCCUCGGUCUGCAGACGCAGGUGCAGUCCCUCAGGAGGACGGCUUCUAGCACCGGAGACGGCGACGGAGAGAAUCAGGAGUGCACCUGUAAAAACUUUUUCGAUAAUCCCUGAAACUUUAACGGUUAAAUGUAUCAACUUUUCGAUUUCAUUAUGUUUUUUCUAAUUUUUACUUGUUAAUAAAUAUAUCCAGUGUUUUA